AAAAAAUCUGCUUGGCGACAACGCUACCUCGAACCUGGGGCGCCACAACCACACACAACAACACACGCACACGCACGCCCCGCACUCACACUCGCUGCCUCUCAGCCAUCCACUCCAGCCAGCACUGAAGCUGUUGUUGUUGUCUGUGCAGUGCACUGUGAACUCUCUUCAUCACCCUGUCGUUGUGUUGUUACCAAAAACUUCGCCUCCUCCCCUCCCGCUCGUAGAAGAAGCAAGGAGAAGUGAUGACAACCCCAAUCACAACCGCAGAGAUGAUGGAGGAGAUGGGCAGCAUGGUGCACGAGGAUCCACCCGCCAUGGACCUGCAAGAUCACCCGCUCCACAUGCACGUGCGUCUCAAGAACAAGACAAAGGUCACAGAACUUUUGGACGCAGGCGCUGAUCCAAACGCAUGUGCAGAAGGCAAUGUCACGCCGCUCAUGUGCGCCAUUGUCGAAAACUCUCAAGACCUCGUGCAAUUGCUGGUAUCGCGUGGUGCAGACCUGAACUUUCAGGAUGAGGAUGGCCUGUCCCCCUGCCAUUGGGCUGUCACUCACCAAUACCACAGCUUGUUGAAGCAGCUGUUGAAACUUGGAGCAAACUGUGGCCUGCCUGACAAAGAUGGGCGCUCCCCAGUGCACUGGGCCACAACAGUGGAGAGCACAAAGUGCCUCCAGCUCUUGUGCAAGAACUUGGCACGAACAGCACCUGCAGAACUUGACGCCAAGGACAUCAACGACAUGACUCCCUUGUUGUGGGCGGUGACGCAGAGCAAACCGCGGCACGUGAAUGUUCUGCUCAAAUACGACAUUGACAUUCAAGGGCGCGACCGCUUUGGCCGUUCAGCGGUGCUCUGCGCUGCAGAGUUGGAGGACAGCACUUGCAUUCAGCUGCUGCUUGAAACGACGACAGAGCACCUGGAAGACACAGACGAUCAGGGCCGAACGCCACUCAUCAUCAGCGUCGCAAACCAGCGGGUAAAGUCGGUGAAGCAGCUGCUGUUCUCUGGUGCGAAUGUCAAUGCACAGGACGAGAGUGGACACACGGCGCUGCACUGGGCAUGCGCCCUCGGGGACACCAAGCUCUCCACCAUGUUGCUCAAUGCUGGUGCAGAUCCGCACGUCACAGACAGCCAGGGCCUCAACUGCCUCCACUACAGCAUGCAGGGGGAGGCAGGCAUUGUGGCCCUGCUGGCCAAGGAAAUGACAUCUCUGGAUGACGUCACGCGCGAUGGACAAAACGCGUUUAUGUUAGGCGCCAUUGCCGGGUCUCUUCCUCUCCUGCGCGCACUCCUCGCGACGGGGAAGCAGAUUGGCCUCAACGCCGCAGACAACGACGGCCGGACUGCACUGCACCUCGCGUUUAUGUCAGAGGCAAAGGAAGCCGCGCAGUUGAUUCUCUCGCUCCCGUCCAUCGACGUCAACACCCAAGACAACGAUGGCAAGGUGCCCGCAUUCUACUGCCUUGAGUCUGGAUACACGGAGCUGUUAAAGGCGCUGGAGGAGCAGGGGGCGGUGUUGAGUCUGCAGGACAACGACGGGCAGUCGCUGCUGCAUUUGGCCGCCAUCCACGGCAACACCGCCGCAAUGCAAUGGCUGCUGCAGGAGGGACUCGAUGCUGACUUGACAGACAACGACGGCAAGACAGCGCUCGCGUAUGCCGCGCACAUGAAUGUCGUUGACGGUGUCGCCGUUCUGCUGGAUCACGGCGCUGAUGUGUCCCUGCCGGAUCCAGAUGGCGUCACGCCGCUCCACUGGGCCGCGCUACAGGGCAACAAAGACGUGGUUGAGAUGCUUCUGCUGAAUGGUGCUGCUGUAAACGCUCGUGAAACAAACGGGAACGAGUCGACACCGUUUGACUACGCCAUGUUCGCCGCGCAUGAGGACAUUGCAGCCCUCAUCUCUGAGCAUGGUGGCCACGGGAUCCUUGACCUAAAGGACAUUGCGGCCAAGCGCAUACAGCGCAGCUUUCGGCGGUGGCGCAAGCACAAGAACGCUGGCAGCACUGGCAGCACGGGCGAUGGUGGUGUGAAGGCGGGGGAGUCAGUGGAUGUGCACGAGAAGAAAGCCGUGGCCGAGGCUUCCUCGAAGAAGAGCAGUGCUGGCAGCAGCGACAACAGCAAGGGGAAGGGAGCGCAGGCGGAGAGGAAGGGACGGGCUGUGAAACAGAAGAAGAAAAAGCAAGUGACGCGCAAACCGACGGCGCAGGAAGUGGCAGCGGCUGUACGCAUCCAAGCACGCAUCCGUGGGUACAAAACACGCAAGGAGUUUGCAGUGCUCAAGCAACAGGCCAUGGACAAGCAGAAACGCGUGGCGCAAGAAGAACAGAGAAAGGCCGCCAUUGCACAGGCCAACGCUGCGAAUCAGGCAAUGGUGCGCGCAGCCCAGCAGCGCCGCGACGCCGUGCGACAGGAGCGGAAACGCCUCUCCUGUGUCCGCGAGUCGAUGAAUGCGGCGACGGUGAUUCAGCGGGCGUUCCGGAGAUGGCGGCUGCAGCCGAAGAAGACAGACACAAGUCAGUCACCAGCAAACACAUCAACACGAGGCGUUGGAAAGGCGCGCGCCGGAACGCAGCGGGCGCAGGCAUCACAGCGCGGGCGACAGCAGCAGCGGAAACAAGGGCGCACACCAUCGCGAACACCACGAGAAAAUGCCGCAUCAACACGGCGGAAAACGCCACAGCGACUCUCUCCUCUCAAAUACUCCGCCAUCCAGCGCAAGCUGCGCCGGCCAAAGUUUCCGAACACGUACACGGCUGGACGCGGGUAUCUGAAUCAGGACUUGGCGGCGCUUGCUUCCGUUGAUCCGCAGUUGCGGGCAGCACUGCAAUCUCGCACGCGUCGUGUGAGCGGAACCUCAACAGCCGCGUCAACACCACGCAGGUACUCGCAGCCGGUGGGCAGCAGUUCGAGGAUGGUUGGCAAUGGCAGCAGGACCAACAACAGCAUGCGCCACUACACCUCGGUGUCGGAAGUGCCGCUCAGCCCCACAUCUCCUGUGAGCAAGCGAAUGAGCGCCGGCGAUGCGGCGUUCUUGUCCUCCAAGUUCAACACGGACCUUCAAGUUUCCUUGAAACGGCAGGCACAAUCGCUCAGAUUGAAGCAAUCUUCAAGAAAUGGAGUACGUCAAGAGAGCAACGUUGUCACACUCCCUGCCAUUCACUCUGUGACGCUGUAAUGCACCAACACCCUUUUCUGAUGCAGCUCCACUGCUUGCACCUGAAUGUAUCACGCACCCACUCCCUCCAUUGUGAGUGCGAAAGCGAAAAGCGGUGCCCUUCCAUACGACCAUCCAUCCUCUUUGCGUGCUUUCCUGUUUGUACAUAGCCAAUUCAUCCGACACGCAUGCUCGGUGUUGUUAUCUUGACUGAUGUGAAUCGUCGUCCUAUCUAUGAAUCCUGUUCCUUCUCAAGCCCCCUCUCGUUGCUGUCUUUCCUUUCCACCACUCGCCACAUAAACAGCACAGCUUGUUGCAACUUACACCAACUGGUGGAUACGUGUAAUGUCGAGUCGCCCCCAUUAUACCAAGAGGGCGUGCAAUCAAUCACAUCGUGAUCCCAGCC